AUGGCCUCAAAAACUCAUGCGGAAAGCAGUGAGGAACAUCGUUCUACCAUCGUUGCUUACGAAAAUAAUGUAGAUAAAUCCUACGAUUGUCCUUUAUGUCUUGGAUCAGGACGCAUUCCCCACAGAAUGAACGACACUGCAGAAAGGUCCAUCGCCUCAGUUGACGGACAACAAUCUGGACAGAGAAGAAGUGAAGUUAGAGCGAUUGAAAUUUUGUGGGCCAGACUGGACGACGAGAAGAAACGCGAGUUUGAACACAAGCGUGAGGAUGAGAAGAGAGAAACUAUAGACGCAAUCAGUGCACUUGCGCAAAGCAUCAUAACUGAAAGUAAAGGGCUUGGAGAUGCAAAAGAGAGACGUGAGGCUAAAAUAAAGAAAUACGUUCGAGUUACCGCUAGUGAAGACAGCGAACUGAAAGAUGAAAGAAAAAGGGCUUCGAAAGAAAUCAACAAAAGUAUGGAUGUGGCUACUUUGAAAGAGAAUGAUGAUCAUAAACAAAAAAAACUCUCGGAUAGAAUGAAAGAAGUCGAAGAGAAUGCUGCUGAAUUGCAAAGGAUCCGGGACGAAGAUCAAGGACUCGAGGAGAGGAUGAAUCAAAUCAUGGAGACUGACGGUGCUGAAAGUUUAGAAGAACUCGAAAUCAUGAACAAGUUUUAUGAGCACCAAAUCAACAGACUUCAGAAGAUGAAUAGAAGAUACAGAGAGAGAAAAGAACUUGGGGAGAGGAUGGACAGAGCUGUUGAUAUUGAUGCUGAAGGUGGAAAACAGCCGAAAGACUUACAGAAAUCAAAUGAUCACAGGAUCGAAGAACUUGGAGAUGGGGAAAGCAAUUAUAUGGAUCCGGUGGAAAGCCUUGCGGAUAGCAAGAAAGAAACCGAGGAUGAAAAGAAGGAGAAAAACUAA